CGCUCCGGGCGGCUGCUGCGCCUGGAACCGGAGCGGGGAGUGAGGCGCAGCGGCAGCGGCGGCAACAAGUGCCGGAGGCCAGCAGAGCCGAGCCAGAGCCGUCCCUGCCGCCGACGCUGCCGGGCCGCCCGUCCGGGGCGCCGCGCAUGGAGCGUGAGCUGCGGCGGUCCCCGGGCUGAGCCGCGCGGAGCGGCCGGGACGUGGAUGUGGCCGCGAUCUCCCGCCCUUGCCCCCGCCCCGCCGAACUGGAGCUGUUCCCGGACAAGAUAUGAGAAAUGAGUGUUGGACGUCGAAGAAUAAAGUUGUUGGGUAUCCUAAUGAUGGCAAAUGUCUUCAUUUAUUUGAUUAUGGAAGUCUCCAAAAGCAGUAGCCAAGAAAAAGAUGGAAAAGGGGAAGUAAUAAUACCCAAAGAGAAGUUCUGGAAGAUAUCUACCCCUCCCGAGGCUUACUGGAACCGAGAGCAAGAGAAGUUGAACCGGCAGUACAACCCCAUCCUGAGCAUGCUGGCCAACCAGACGCGGGAGGCGGGCAGGCUCUCCAAUAUAAGCCAUCUGAACUACUGUGAGCCUGACCUGAGGGUCAUGUCGGUGGUUACAGGUUUUAAUAACUUGCCAGACAGAUUUAAAGACUUUCUGCUGUAUCUGAGAUGCCGCAAUUAUUCACUGCUUAUAGAUCAGCCGGAUAAGUGUGCAAAGAAACCCUUCUUGUUGCUGGCGAUUAAGUCCCUCACUCCACAUUUUGCCAGAAGGCAAGCAAUUCGGGAAUCCUGGGGCCGAGAAAGCAAUGCGGGGAACCAAACCGUGGUGCGAGUCUUCCUGCUGGGCCAGACACCCCCAGAGGACAACCACCCCGACCUUUCAGAUAUGCUGAAAUUUGAGAGUGACAAGCACCAAGACAUUCUUAUGUGGAAUUACAGAGACACUUUCUUCAACUUGUCUCUGAAGGAAGUGCUGUUUCUCAGGUGGGUAAGUACUUCCUGCCCAGACACUGAGUUUGUUUUCAAGGGCGAUGAUGAUGUUUUUGUGAACACCCAUCACAUCCUGAAUUACUUGAAUAGUUUAUCCAAGAGCAAAGCCAAAGAUCUGUUUAUAGGUGAUGUGAUCCACAAUGCUGGACCUCAUCGGGAUAAGAAGCUGAAGUACUACAUCCCUGAAGUUGUUUACUCUGGCCUCUACCCACCCUAUGCAGGGGGAGGGGGGUUCCUCUACUCCGGCCACCUGGCCCUGAGGCUGUACCAUAUCACUGACCAGGUCCAUCUCUACCCCAUCGAUGACGUUUAUACUGGAAUGUGCCUUCAGAAACUCGGCCUCGUUCCAGAGAAACACAAAGGCUUCAGGACAUUUGAUAUCGAGGAGAAAAACAAAAAUAAUAUCUGCUCCUAUGUAGAUCUGAUGUUAGUACAUAGUAGAAAACCUCAAGAGAUGAUUGAUAUUUGGUCUCAGUUGCAGAGUGCUCAUUUAAAAUGCUAAAAUAGAUACAAACUCAAUUUUGCAUAGAAAGGUGUAUUUUGAAUAGUUUCCAUGUUGUGUUCUCACAUUAGAGUAACUUCUAUAUUAAACCAUGAAAAUUGCCUUUACGAGUGAUACCCAUUUGAGGGCCUCUAAACCCUUCAAUGUGGUACUCACGUGAAGAGGGAAAGUGGAAGAUGGUCAAUUUUUUACGGAUAAUAUGGCAGGGUGAUUGGUUCUGAUCUUACCGGCUAGUGGUCAUUUUU